GCAACAGUGAAUUGCACUGCUAGUCAGCAGAGCGCAUCGGUUUCCGAAAGUACCUUAGCUUGUUCCUUACAAUCGUGUGCAAUAAUACGUCACCCAACCCAAACCAUGACAGUUCGCAGUGAACGGAAGUUGGCCAAUAUAUCUGCCUCUAGCCAGAAGACGGCAGGGCAUUAUGCCACGGACAUAACGCAUCGCUAUCCAACAUUUCGUGAUGAGCCGGCCAAAACGACGCACAACUGGUUAGAGGGCCGAAGAUACGACGACGGUGCCGAAGGACUUUGGCGCAUUGGCGACAAUCUGUAUGAUCUGGCAAGCUUUAUCCAAUCUCACCCGGGUGGCCCCGACUGGCUACGAAUAACGAAGGGAACGGACAUAACGGAGGCCUUCGAAACACAUCACAUUGGUCGUAGGGCGGAGCAAUUGCUUCCGAAGUUCUACGUCCGUCCAGCGACACACCCUCGAAACGUAAGAUUAACGUUUAAUGAGCAGGGAUUCUAUCGAACGCUGAAGAGACGCAUCCGGCAGAGGCUCGAUAGCAUCGACACGACGCCAAAGAAAUACUCUUGUCUGAUAGUGGACGCAUUGCUGGUGGCCGUGCUAGUGACGGCCUAUCUGGCAGUGAACUUCAAGAGCUUCAUCUUAGCAUUCGGUUGCGCAGUUUGCGUCAACGCAACCAUCAUCGCCGCACACAACUUUCUGCACCAACGGGACAACUGGCGCAUGCUGGCUUUCAACAUAGCUUUUCUCAGCUACAGAGAGUGGCGCGUGUCGCACGUGAUAUCACACCAUCUGUACCCCAACUCGCUCUUGGACAUGGAGAUAUCGAGCUUCGAACCAUUCCUUUGCUAUCUGCCAUGGAGUUCGCUCAAGAGCAGCUUCCAGCGAUACGGAUCGUGGGUCUAUGGCCCCUUCAUCUAUGGUGCCAUCUUUAUAAACGAGUAUCUGAAACGACUAAAGGAUAGCUUCAAUCGCGGGAAGAACGGCUUCCAUCUAGACGACGUGAUUCCCUUCCUGCUACCCAUUUUCAUGUACGCGACAGGACAGCAAAGUAUCGGCACCGUUCUACAGCUGUGGCUAUUCAUCGUACUAAUGGCGAGCUUGUGCUUUGGACUGGUCGGUUUGAGCGCAGGGCAUCAUCAUCCCAAGGCCCUCCAUUCCGGUGACGUUUUUCCCGAAGGCUGGGAUUUCGGGCUGUACCAGAUGGCGACGAUAGUCGAGCGCAAAGGAGUCGAAGGAUCGCUCCUAAAGGUGCUCACGACCUUCGGCGAUCACUAUUUGCACCACCUGUUUCCGACGCUCGAUCACGCCAUUUUACCGCAGCUUAAUGAUGUUUUUCUGGAAACUUGCCACGAAUUUAAUGUAGGAAAGCUAUCGAGCUCGUGGUUUUCGCAGUAUCUCGCACAGCAUUGGCAGCUGGCUCGGAUUAAAUCACGAAGGCACAUGGCUUGAACUUAACUAAACGCUCGCAUCCGGUGGGUGGGAAGCGUUUUGUGCAAUUGGUUUUUCCUAACAAUCGAAUCAGAUAGCUCAAGUGAUGCAAUGUAUAUCG